GGUAAAAAAUGAGCGGCCUUUCGACCGUUCCCGACAACAUCAAUUUUGCCAGAGAAGAAGAUAAAGUCGCUCAAAAAUGGCAAGAUGAGAAUACUUUCCAACGUUCUGUUGAGCUGUCAAAAGAUCGUCCACAUUUCACUUUUUAUGAUGGACCACCUUUCGCUACUGGCCUUCCUCAUUAUGGUCAUAUGCUUACCAGCACCAUCAAAGACGUUGUUGGUCGCUGGGCUCAUCAAAACGGUCACUAUGUAGAAAGACGGUUUGGUUGGGAUACUCAUGGUCUUCCAGUCGAAUACGAAAUCGAUAAGACGCUUGGAAUCAGUGGUCCACAAGAUGUCAUGAAAAUGGGAAUCGCUAAUUACAACAAUGAAUGCCGAAAGAUCGUUAUGAGAUAUUCUGGCGAAUGGGAGAAAACAAUGGGACGUCUUGGUCGCUGGGUAGACUUCAAGCAUGAUUACAAGACUCUCUACCCGUGGUUCAUGGAGUCUGUAUGGUGGGCUUUCAGCGAGUUGCAUAAGAAGGGCCUUGUCUACAAAGGUGUAAAAGUUAUGCCUUUCUCUACUGCUUGUUCUACUCCACUCUCCAACUUUGAAGCUGGUCAGAAUUACAAAGAUGUAGUAGAUCCAGCAGUAUUCGUCGGAUUCAAAUUACUCGAUUGUCCGAAUAGGCAGCUAGUUGCAUGGACAACAACUCCAUGGACACUUCCAUCCAAUCUAGCUCUAGUUGUUCAUCCAGACAUGCUGUAUGUGGUCACUAAAGAUAAAACGACUGGAAUCGAAUACGUUGUUCUGGAAGAACGUCUCGGAGAGUUGAAAAAUGAUAAUUUGGAAGUUAUUGAGAAACUUGCUGGUAGUCAGCUCAAAGAUCUCAGGUAUGAACCAUUGUUCCCAUACUUUGCCUAUAUGCGCGAAGAAAGAAACGCAUUCCGGGUAUUGAAUGACACUUUUGUCACCUCUGACUCUGGUACCGGAGUUGUUCAUCAAGCACCAUAUUUCGGAGAGAUCGAUUUCCAAGUUUGUGUGGCGAAUGGAGUUAUCGCUAAAGACCAAAAAAUGAUCUGUCCAGUUGAUGAAAGUGGAAAAUACACAUCAGAAGUUCCAGAUUAUCAAGGAGUCUACGUGAAAGAUGCUGAUAAGUUGAUUAUCAAGAGACUCAAGGAAAUGGGAAAUCUUGUCAGACAAGCGGAAGUGAAGCACUCCUAUCCAUUCUGUUGGCGGUCUGACACUCCACUUCUCUAUAAGGCUGUUCCAUCCUGGUUCAUCAACGUCGAAACCCUGAUUCCAAGGCUUCUGGCUAACAAUGAUGAGACAUACUGGGUUCCCGCUUUUGUCAAGGAAAAGAGAUUUGCUAACUGGCUUAGAGAUGCUCGCGAUUGGGCUGUAUCGAGAAAUCGGUUCUGGGGAACUCCAAUCAAUUUGUGGGUGAGCGAAGAUGGAGAGGAAGUUGUAUGUGUUGGAAGUAUUGCUGAAUUAGAAGAGCUUUCAGGACAAAAAAUCACUGAUCUUCAUAGAGAAAGCGUUGAUGAUGUUACGAUCCCAUCUCGUUCAGGACGGGGAGUUCUCAAGAGGGUUUCCGAAGUUUUUGAUUGUUGGUUUGAAUCAGGAUCCAUGCCAUAUGCCCAGAAUCAUUAUCCAUUUGAGAACCGCAAAAUCUUCGAAGACAAUUUCCCAGCUGAUUUCAUCGCUGAAGGAAUUGACCAAACCCGUGGGUGGUUUUACACACUUCUAGUUCUGUCAACUGCUUUGUUCAACAAGCCACCAUUCAAGAACCUGAUCUGUAACGGACUCGUAUUGGCGUCGGAUGGAGCAAAAAUGUCAAAGAGUAAGAAGAACUAUCCCGAUCCAAUGCUCAUUGUUAACAAGUACGGAGCCGAUGCUUUGCGUCUUUAUCUCAUCAACUCUCCUGUGGUUAGAGGAGAAAAUUUGAGAUUCAGAGAAGAAGGCGUAAGAGAUCUUCUCAAGGAUGUGUUCCUUCCAUGGUUUAAUGCCUACAGAUUCUUUGUACAAAACGUACAAGCAUAUGAACAUGAAACUGGAAAUGUGUUUGACAUGAACGUUCAUGUUGCCAGUGAAAAUGUCAUGGAUCGGUGGAUUGAAUCCUUUACAAACAGUCUUGUUGCGUUUGUUCGGAAAGAAAUGGAUAGUUAUCGGCUUUAUGCUGUUGUUGGACCGCUUACAAAAUUCUUUGACACUCUUACAAAUAUCUACAUCAGAUUAAAUAGAAAGAGAGUCAAGGGAGACAACGGACUUCAUGAGCAACAUCACGCUUUGGCAGCCCUCGGACGAGUUCUCAUUUUGAUUGUUAGAUUGAUGGCUCCUUUCACACCAUUCUUCUGCGAGUAUAUCUGGCUAAAUUUGAAGAAAGUCAUUGGUUCGACUGAGGAAUCAGUUCACUUCCUGAUGCUCCCAAAACCGGAUGAGAGUCUAAUCGACGAGACUGUGGAAAGACGAGUUGAAGUUAUGAGAAAUGUUAUCGACUUGGUUCGUCUUGUUCGCGAUCGUGAAGGACUUGCUGUGAAAUAUCCAUUGAAGGAAAUGAUUGUUAUUAACAGAGACAGUCAGUUUUUGGAAGACGUAAAAAGUUUGGAAUCAUAUAUUCUUCUUGAGUUGAACGUCAGAAAAUUGACCGUUUCACAAGAUAAACAGAAAUACGGAAUCACCCUAAAGGCAGAGCCAAACUUCAAAAUUCUGGGUGCUCGUCUCAAGGGAGAACAAAAGAAGGUUGCUGACUACUUGAAGAACCAAAUCACUGAAUCUGAGUUGGAGAAAUUCCUUCUUGAAGGAAAAUUGACUGUGCUUGGGCAUGAGCUCUCCUCGGAAGAAGUUGCUGUUAGCUACGCGGCUGGAAGUGAUCAAGGACAUGGAUACAAAACUCACUCGGAUGCAAAGACCAUUGUAAUGAUUGAUACAACUGAAGAUGAGUCUCUUAUUGAAGAAGGACUCUGCAGAGAAGUGACAAAUCGUGUUCAACGUCUUCGCAAACAGGCUAAACUUGUAUCUACUGAUACUGCUCAUGUUCAUAUUGUUGUUAGUCCAGCUGAUUCUCAACUCGCAAAGGUUGUUGCUGCCAAAUUGAAUGACAUUGUAUCCGCUACUGGAACACCUAUCAAGUUGGGAUCACCACCAGCCGCUGCAAAGGCUCCAACUGCCACCAGCAAGAGUGCAAUUAAGGAUUCAGAAGUUGAGCUUUGGUUGUUCGCCGAAGGUGACAGUUUCGAUGGGAUCACUGUUGUUGAUGGAUCAAAGAAAGUUCGAGUUCAUGUGAAAACAGAAAAAGAACACCUGAAGGGAUAUGCUGAUCUUCUAUAUCACGUUCGCUCUGCUCUUGAUCUCUGGAACGGUAAGAUUGCCUUGAAGAAUGUCGAUGGAUCGGCGGUCCAUCCAACAGUUGACGUGACGUCUCUUGUUGGUCAGACUCUUCAACUCGUACGAUAAAUUGCUAUUACAUCUUUAAAUUAUCCAUAUCCGGUUCGCAUUUUAGUUCCUGGCUUUAUUUGAACCCAUUUGAACCGCAGUUUUUCUCAUAUUUGUUUCUUACACUAUUUUGUUUGCUGUUAACGUAUAAUAUUUAAUUAUGAAUGUUUAAGGAUUUUAA